ACAUAACGGGAUGCAGUGAAAGUCCUGAGUGGCGGCUGUCUGAUUCAGAAAAGGCGUGCAUUGCAAAUGUGUCCAUUGGCUUGAAGCCUUUCCAAUCUUACCUGGGAAUAACGUCAAGGCGACAAAAAAAACCUAAAUUUCCUUAUUUAAAUAAUGGGCAUAACAUGGAAUGAAUAGCUAGCUAGUAUGUGAAGCAGGGAUGUGGUUGUUUGAGGUCGUUGUGAGAUGUAAUAAAUCAUUUCCCGUUAUCUGGCAACCCUAGCAUUUUUUAUCAUGUGAGGAUUUAACGCUGAAGAAGUAACGUUAGGUUAGCAGUCGGCCUAUUGGCGGCUGCUAAAAUUAAAGCUACUACGGCAGCAUUAAGGUCAAGAACCUCGCAUAAAUAAAGGUUGUUAUUUUUAUUCCAGGUAAUAUAGGUCCCAUAUUUUACCCUGGAAAUCGACGAGCCGUUAGACGCAGGUGUUACUGUUAUUCAUGAUCACGUCAGAAACAGGUGUUUCCUGUUUCUUUGUCGAAAUUGUAGUGUGCUUGGGUUUGUGUGUUAGUAAAGAAUACACCGGGCCGGUUGCCGUAUGUCUCCUUGAUGUCCAAGGGUCCACUGCGGCCACCGUGUGCCGGGAUCCGCUCGGUAGUGAGGCGGUGUGGACCGGGGUGUAGGUGGUGGAGGGCGAAACCCACCUGAACUACACCACCUCCUCUUUCAUUGGUAGAAAGAAGUGGAGCCACUCACCUCAGGCAGACUCACUCUGUAGCUAAAUGUUAACCUAUAGUGUAACAUCUGAAUUAAAGUAAUGCCAUAUUUAAUAGAAAUGUAAGAUUAAGUAAUGUCAUAAUUGCUAAAUGGCAUGCAUAGCCGCUACUAAGGUCACAAACUCCUCCUAAACACAUAUGGGUAACAUUUAACUGCUGAGCCAGAUGUUAAGCAAACAGGCACACAUACAUCACUGCAUGCUUAUAGAAGAGUUUGUUAAACAGUUUCCAUUGUAUUGGUUAUGAUGAGGCCAAGCAGUGUAAUAAAGCAUUCCUUCAACCUUGAAAUUAUUGAUGAGGUGAGCCAUUCUUGGGUUUAGGGUGACAUCCUGUGCUUACCAGUGAAACAGCUGUACCUUUUUGGCAGUAAUGCGGAAAAUAACAAUUAUGUUUUCAUUCUGUAUGCAGGACCACAGGUGUACAGCUAAAAUCCCAGAUGCAAAGACUAUGAAAUGUCACUGAUUUAUGUGCACUGAAUGGUAAUGAGGGCUAGUGCUGGUGAGGAAAAACUGCUUUCAGGCCAUUCGGGGCCUUACUUUAAUCUGCAAACUGUAACCAAAUGCCUUAAUUCUGUGUUUGGCUUUCUAUCUAAGGAAAGUCCACUCACAGUGGUAUUAUUAUUUCCCUAUCAAAGCUGCGGGAAAGCUGAGAUGGAGGCAAAACAGGAGAUACAAGAGAAAACCCCCAGGUGACUGGGUAAACAGGGCCACCAGGGAUACCUGUGUUGUCUGAGGAGGAACUAAUGCAUUUCUGCCUGAAACCUGGCCUUCGCCUGUUAUUCCUGAUCUAGAGCAGAUCUCCCCCAACUUGAACUAACAACAACUCCAAGCAGACGAGUGGACCAGGCCUUAUCUCCCGCUUGGACAGCAGCACACUACAGAAACAAACGACAAAAGACGAGGACAACCAGCGAGUGACUAGCUAACAGACAGAUUGGCACUUUGACCAGCUGGGGCUUCAGAUAAAUGGCUAACAAGCAGAUCAGUUUGCCUGCUAAAUUGAUCAAUGGGGGGAUCGCUGGCCUAAUCGGAGUGACCUGUGUGUUUCCCAUUGACCUGGCCAAGACUCGCUUGCAAAACCAGCAAAAUGGAUCUCGCAUUUACACCAGCAUGUCAGAUUGCCUUAUUAAGACUAUCCGGUCAGAGGGGUAUUUUGGGAUGUAUCGAGGAGCAGCGGUGAACUUAACACUAGUUACACCAGAGAAAGCCAUCAAAUUGGCUGCCAAUGACUUCUUCAGGCAUCACCUCUCUAAGGAUGGAAAACUCACUCUGUUCAAAGAGAUGCUGGCUGGGUGCGGGGCAGGUACAUGCCAGGUUAUCGUCACAACUCCUAUGGAGAUGUUGAAAAUCCAGCUCCAAGAUGCUGGACGCCUUGCUGCUCAGAGGAAGCUGAUGCCACAGACAGUGGCUGCAGGUACUGUGGAGGCCAAGUCUCCAACAGCCAUGCAGCUCACAAGACAGUUACUGAGGGAAAAAGGCAUUGCUGGACUGUAUAAAGGCCUUGGUGCCACGUUGCUCAGGGAUGUUCCUUUCUCCAUGAUCUAUUUCCCCCUUUUUGCCAACUUGAACGACCUGGGUAAAAGAGACACAGAUGGCCCUGCUCCUUUUUAUGUGUCGUUUAUAUCAGGCUGCAUCGCAGGCAGCACAGCGGCUGUUGCUGUCAACCCUGUUGAUGUGAUAAAGACUAGACUGCAGUCUCUGACCAGAGGCAGCACAGAAGACACGUACAGUGGAGUGACUGACUGUAUCAGGAAAAUCAUGCGUAAUGAGGGGCCAUCAGCCUUCCUGAAGGGAGCCUACUGUCGGGCAUUGGUCAUUGCACCUCUGUUUGGCAUCGCCCAGGUGGUUUACUUCCUGGGUGUGGGUGAAUUUAUCCUCAGCUUCUCGCCUAAAAAACACAGCUAAAGAAGCACCUCCUUUCUGCCUUUCCCUCCCAUAAAGCAUCACACCAACUGUGUGAGGAUUUCAUCUCAUUUUGAAAGACGUUUUCAGUGGGUCAUCAAAUCAAAACAUGUAGUUUUAAAUUUGUUGUGUUGAAUGUUGAAAUAGUUCAAGAGCAAGCCUUUGUUUGCCGAGCUGCCUAUGGUGGCACAAGACAUUCCAGUAGGCUACCUCAGCUAGCUUUCUGGAAAUGAAGCCACAAAUAUCAGUUGAAGUUGAAGUUGAAGAAGUGUUGCGCUUCGAUUACAACAUUUUUUGCAUUAUUGGAUGUGAUUGUUGAACUUUCAAAGUAGAUGUAUUGUCCUUGGUUGCUGCAAAUUCUGCAGGCCCUACAGUAUCUGUUUAUUUUUUUUAAACAGCAUUAGCCUUUGAUAAACAGAGAAGACCACAGUAAAAAAUAUAAACCCAAGUAGCUAAAUUAAAUGCACAUAUCUUACAUUAAAAUAUUUGAGAGAUCUGAAAUGCAGUUCGAGAUUUUCCACAGACCUUAUGGCUUACAAUAUAGUAUACAUAGCAUCAGAGCACAAUAUACGCUUCUUUUUCAAACAGAGGCAGAGAACAUGUUGAUGUGAUACCAGCACACCUUUAUGAUCUUUCCUGAGAAUGCGCAUCCGUUCCUGUAAGUGGUUGUAAUGAACUCAGCUCUGAGCAGACUUUGAUUACUUUGGCUUUUUAAGUAGAUCCGCUUUCAUCUGAUACUUACGUGCAACCACAAUGGUUUCACUGUUUUGCCUCUGUGAAAGAUAGCUCUAUUUCCUGGUCACACGCUAGACUGAAAAGACAUGGGUACCUUUGGCCGUUUUGCACUAUCAAGCUACAUGUCUACAUAGUGUAACACUGACACAAAAAAACUGCUUCUACGCUUCUUUUUCCUAUGGGGCAAAACUGGCAGGCAUGUUUUGGCUUUUGACCACACCCCAAUCUGUGAUGUCAUAACAAGGGUGUUAAGGUCUCAGUCCACGGAGCAGUGCAGCAGCAGUUUUUCUCUGAUUCACUGUGGAUCCAGAUGAUAGCAACACUAAAAUAGGUUGAAAGCAUUUUUAAUAGAAUUACAGGUUGUUAGUACAUAUUCAGUGAUUAUGCUUGCAAAUGCUCAGACAUCACCUGCUGAGGCCCCAUCAUUGUGGAGCCGAUAAAACUUUAGCUGGAGUAGUUAACGUCUCCAUAGGUCCAGGCACAAUUACAAUUGUUUACAGAUGAGUUACUACUCAAUUUAAAGGUUUUUUUUUCUUCAAACUGGAAUUCAGUGGCAGGACCCAAAGAGCUAAUGACAAACCUUUCUUUAUCAGAUAAUCAAAACAGUGUGAUUUUUACCAAACAAAGCUGCCGGGAAGCGCAGCCCCGUUGUAUGUUGUUUAAGCAUCAGAACAGUGAAGCCCUGUCAUUGGUUUAUCUUGUCGGAGAUCAAGGUGACUUUGAUGUCUACUAUCCAAUCACAUUCCUUCCUUCCUCCCACUGUGGAAGCAGCUUGUCAGUUGUACUGUUGUAUUGUAGAUACGCGAUGCAACUUUUAAUGUACUUUUGUGGGAGUGAGUUCUAUUUAUCAAUAUUCCUUUCUAUAGGCGGUAUAGCGCUAUAUAUUUGUAUGUGUAGUUUUUUUCUGUCAAAGUAUCCACCUUAACUAUAUUGUAUAUAUGCAGAUGAUAUGAACUUUAUGUUUUAGGAUUUAUUGUUUGUUUUGUAUAUGAUGGCUUAUUUGCACACCUACCUCUCCAGCUCCCCCCCCAGUCAAUAUUGUAGUGAUUUUACGUUAUGAUGAUGUGGACAUAUCAAAUGAAGGAACAUGUUUUAAUGCAUCUGCCAUCAGCAUAUUGCAGCAUAUUGAUGAUGGUUUUUACUGUAUGCAAUGGGGAAUACUAGUGUGGAUGUAAGAUGGGUUUUUGGAGGUGCCACUUCUCCUGAGUUACUGGAUAAGUCUGUGGGUCAGCUCUUUGUCCUGUUUCCUACUGUUCUAUCAACUAGGAACAAAUGAAGUAUCAUAUGUUGGUGACAGAAAUGUAGCUAGUUUUAAGUGAAUGACCUAAGGCACUACUUAAACUGUUCUGGAAAUUUAAAUAAAAUGACACCGUAGACUAGGCCAGUAGUCUUUUUGAAUGGUGCUCCUUUCAUGAAGUAACUGCAACAUGACAGUGGCAGCACUAACAACCAAGGCUGUAGCGACUGAAUCUCAUGCUAGUGAUUCUCAGCAUUAUUGCUGUCUUAAAUGAAAGCUAUAGGUAAGGCAGGGGACAACAGAACUGCUAGACCUCGACUGGCACCUCCAGCCAUGUUGGCAGUUGACAAGGAACAUGGUAAAAAGACCUGCUCACCUUUAGAUAUAGCUGUUGUAGUUUUUUUUUUUUGACAUUCCAAUUGCCACUUCAUCUCUCAUAUGCUGUUAUUGUGAUAGCAAAGGCUAUUUUUGUGUCACUGAGAUUAUUGUUAUGAUUUUUUUUAAACCCCACUGCCCCUCCUCGUUAUCUUUUUUUUUUUUCUUUUUUUUAAAAUCUGUUUUUGGUUUAAUCUUGAAAAUGUUGUAGAAGUCAUUUUGUUUUACACAGCUGUGAAUUUUCACUGACUUUGUGGAUUUGGUUAUGUAUGUGCAUUUGUGUAUCACGGUGUAGUGCUGUAGU